CUGGUUUUGCAUUUGCUGUAUGAUUGAAACAUACAACACAAUGGAAUUGCUAAUCAUCCUUCUCUUUCUUCCUAUCUUCCUCUUCUUUCUUCUCCAAAGAAAAAAAACCCCCAAAAGUAUUCGUUUGCCACCUGCCCCUCGGGGUCUUCCCUUACUCGGCAAUUUGCACCAGUUUGAUGGUUCAAACCCUAAGAAAGUGUGGAAACUCUCUCAAAAGUAUGGCCCCCUCAUCUCCUUGCGUCUUGGUUCGGUGCCAACCAUAUUAGUUUCAUCAGCAAAAAUGGCUAAAGAGGUCAUGAAGACACAGGAUCUGGUAUGUUGUAGUAGACCUGCCUUACUUGGUCAGCAAACAUUAUCUUACAAUGGCUUAGACUUAGCAUUUGCACCCUACAAUGAUUACUGGAGAGAGAUAAGAAAAAUAUGUGUUGUUCAUCUCCUCAACUCAAACAGAGUGCAACAAUUUCGUCCCAUUCGAGAAGAUGAAGUUUCUCGUAUGAUGGAAAAGAUAUCUAAAGCUAUUGUUGCUUCUAGACCAAUCAACUUGAGUGAGCACUUGAUGUCUCUUACAAGUACCAUUACUUGCAGAGUUGGUUUUGGAAAGAGAUGCGAGGAAGAAGGAAUUGAAAGAAGUAGAUUUCAUGCUCUACUUAAGGAAACUCAAGCCUUGUUUGUAAGCUUCUUUUUUACAGAUUAUUUUCCUUUCAUUGGCUGGAUUGACAAACUCACAGGAAUGAUACGUCGUCUCGAUAACAACUUUAAGGAAUUUGACAAGUUUUACCAAGAGCUCAUCGAGGAGCACUUAGAUCCCAACAAACCUAAAAAUGUUCAAGAGGAUAUAAUUGAUGUUCUACUGCAAGUACGAAAAGAGCGUGGAUUUAAAAUUGACCUCACUUCGGAUCACAUCAAAGCAGUGCUCAUGAAUGUAUUUGUUGCUGGCACAGACACCAGUGCAGCUACCGUGGUUUGGGCUAUGACCUACCUGAUGAAAAAUCCUAGAAUAAUGAAGAAAGUUCAAGAAGAAAUUAGGUCUGCAAUUGGAAACAAAGGUUUUGUAGAUGAAGAUGAUGUCCAGAAUCUUCCUUAUCUUAAAUCCGUGGUGAAAGAGACAAUGAGACUGCAACCAACAGUUCCCUUUUUAAUCCCAAGAGAAACAAUUGAAAAGUGCAUCAUAGAGGGGUAUGAAAUACCGGCUAAAACACUCGUUCUUGUGAAUACAUGGGCUAUAGGAAGGGACCCUGAAGCUUGGGAGAAUCCAGAUGAAUUUUGUCCCGAGAGAUUCAUAGGGAGUUCGAUUGACUUUAAAGGGCAACACUUUGAGCUAAUACCAUUCGGAGCUGGUCGAAGAAUUUGUCCAGGUUUAUCUAUGGGAAUUGCGAUUGUGGACCUUGCACUUGCUAAUCUUCUUUACAAGUUUGAUUGGGAAACUGUGCCUGGGAUGAAGAAGGAAGGCUUAGAUUUCGAUGUUUUACCAGGUAUUACCAUGCACAAGAAAAAUGCUCUCCGUCUCAUGGCUAAGUACUAUAAUUAAUAGCAAAAAGAUCAAUCAAGUGUUUAAUGUUGACGAAUCUGAAUGAUUGUACCCUUGACUCCAGUUCGAAGGUUAUAAUAGUACUAUUUCAAUAUUUUUUUUAGUGGGGUGGUGUUACUAAUAAAUAAGUUUUUAAUAAUUUAUCCAAGUUUAUGUGACCGAUGUCCGACAAUAUGUAUACAUCUUUCAAGAAUAUUAUACUUAUAUGGAGAUCUUUGUACAAAGUGAAAUAAAAAA